UGGUCCAUCUUUAGAAACUAAACGGUUAUGUUUUUCUGAGUGUGCUUUCUAGUUUGUGAUUAAUUUAGAGUUACUAGAAAAAGAUAAGUCAUAAGUCUACUCAUAUCUUUAGAUGUUCUCUUUAUUUUUGAUUAAACUUGGCCGUUUGAGUUAGCCACAGACUUACUCUUGAAUUAAACCUCGUGCAUACCACUGCUCCAUUUCACCUAUAUGUUACCUACUAGUUUACUCUCGUGUUAUAAUGAUGCAUGUGACACUUUCCACCCACAAGCAUAUGUGUUGUUGCCCUACAUAGCUAAAGGGGGUGUUGGUAGUGGGAGUCCAUGAUGCUGCUUCCUGUCUCCAUUGCACAUCAGAAUUUCCCUUUCUGCCCACCCACUUUAGUUUUGUAAUGUGCAGUGGGUCGCUCUAAGUUAUUCUGUCUCAGUCGUGUGUUGGUGUCAUGCUGCUCUCAUGUCAAUACAACUGCUUUCACUGUUUUUGAAUUGACGUAGUGACCGGUGCUUUCAGGAGGUAAACUGACAGACUAGAGUAUUUUGUAGACAUCACACCACAGUGCACUGAUGAAGGUGUUGAGUGGCCACGUUGUGACAAAAUCCCAGACUGAGGACAGCAUGGACCUACUCAUCAUGCCAGCCUCAGCUGUUCAUUUGAAUAUGGGACUGCCCCAACUUAAGCAAACAUAUGACAGCAAGUUGACAAAGUCCAUCCACACUGACAAUAUCAACCGAAAGCGUUGGAGGAGCCUUUUUCAGCGUGUACAAAAAAAACAGAUGGAUCCUGGCUGUGCUACUUGGCUUCAAAAGAAGGCACUUUUUGGACAAGCUUUGUCAGAUGUUUGUGAAAAAAAUGGCAAUCCCCCAAAACCCAUUAUGGAGAUUCUCUUAGUGCUGUGCAGAAAGGGCCCACAAACAGAAGGAGUGUUCAGGAAAGCUGGUAAUGCCAGGGCUCUGAAAGAGAUAAAGGAGCAGCUCAACAAUGAAGUGGAAGUGGAUCUGAAAAAUCAGCAUGUGAUCUUACUAGCUGAUCUCCUCAAGGAUUUCUUGAGGCACCUGCCUGGCAGUUUGCUAAUUGUGGAUCGGUACCAGGCCUGGAUGACAGCAAUGAAAAAGCAGGAUUUACAUGAAAGGUGCACUGAGCUCCAAUUGGUGAUUAAUACACUUCCAGAGCCAAAUAUUGUCCUCCUGAAACAUCUAAUUGUUUUGCUGUACCAUAUAAGCGCCAAUACGGAGAGAAACAAGAUGGAUUCCAACAGUUUAGCUGUUUGUGUUUCACCCAACUUGCUCCAAAGUGACACCUUUGAAAUGCAAAAAAAUGUCUCAAACCUGACUAAGUUCCUCACUGAUAAAUGCUGUGAAAUAUUUGGAAAGGAUGCACUAACACUUCUUGGGGCCCCAGAAGAGCAAGAACUCAGUGAUAAAAAUGAUUCACUGUUAUCACUCCAUCAUGAUUCUGCCUAUGACAGCAAUGACCCUGACAUGGAUGGGUAUCAAGGGAGCUACACAGAAAUGCACGCCUUCCAUUCUGACACUGAAGAGAAAACUCUGGAUCGCUUUCAAGUGUCCUCCUCCCCUGACGCGGUGGGGAAACAAACUAGCAAACCUUUUAUUCGCAGGCGCUCUGAGCCAACAAUUGUCUUCAACAAAAGUGAUCGAAACCAGUCUGCCCUAACCAGGAGUCACACAGAUAUGGACUUUUAUGGACAUCAUUUGACAAAACAGAUUUCGGACGAAUGUGUUUUGUUUGGGGCAGGCAAAAGGCUGUUAACCGUGCAUAAGAACAUCUAUAUUUCAUCUCUAGGUGAGCAUUUCCAGCGUACUUCUAAAGACUAUUCAUGCUGUUCCUCUAGUUCUCUAGAAAGCACCUUGUCCAGUGCCUCAGAGAGCUCCAUCCAAACCAGCUCCCCUAUUAUUUCAUCCUCCAAUCAGAGACUGGCCGUCCAACGUAAACUGUCUUUCCCCAACUGUUCAAAGGCACAUGGGAGUGUACUUGGUGAGACCACCAAGAAACGUUCCCAAUCAAUGAAAACUCCAAAUUCUCGGACUAAGAUUAGCUUUUCUCGAGGUGGCAUUAGCAAACGUGCUCAGAAAGCCUUACGCCACAGCCAGACUCUCCCUGAAUUGCUGCCUCUCGACAGGAACUUCCUUGUGUCACAGAAGCCCCGACGUUUGUCUAGUGAGGAAAUGUUUCAGCAAAUGGACAGCAGGAUUUUGAGUAAUCCUCCAUCCUAUGAGCAAGCAAUUCAAGAUAAUGCUCACACUGCGAUUUCAAUCUGCAGCCCAUUGACUGUUGAAGCUGCCAGGUGUCUGUCAAGGCACACAUGCAGUCAGUCCACAUUCCCAUCUGCGGAACCAUCAAAUUCCUGCUCAGUCAAACAUUGCAGUUGCUGGGGUGGAGAGACGAGUGAUGUAUUGUCUGCAUCAUCUACCCCAGCAGAGUCUCGACAGGGGACCGUAUCCGAGACUGAAUCUACCGACGUCCUGUUGCACUGUUGUAGUCGAUCACUGUUGGAGUCUUUGGAUGUCAGAGAGUCAAAUGUCUGACGUCUUCGGUUUUAUUACAUCUAUAAAUCUGUGGGACAUUUUUCUACUGAUGUAUUGUAUUUUGAAGCAAAAAAAAAAAAGAAGUGUACCUCUGUAAAAUAACAAGAGCUUCUAAGAAGUCUGUAACUGUAUCUAUAAUGUCCAUAUAAAAUGCAUCUUUGACGAGCUAUUAUGAUUUAUGACUUGUAUUUCGUCUGCACUUUACUUUAUUGCAUUUUCCACAUUCAUAGAAGUGGUAGAAAAGUGCUUGUUGAGAGAAUGUCAUCACUACGAAUCAUCAGAUGUCACGUGUAGAACACAUGUCUCAGUACGUCCUGAGGAAAAGCACAUACUGUAUCUACCACACGCUGAACUGUGAUACUUAUUAAAAAAAAAAAAAACUGGUACGAUACUACCACGCCCUACAUGUAUGAAGUAGUCAUUAAGGGUGGAUUUCCGUGGACACAUUACGACAAGUUACACAUCCAUGGUAAAAAACAAAACUGUUCAUGUAAAAUGGAUCUUAAUAGCACUUUUGUGGCGUUGUUUGUACACAAUAAACAUUUGUCUGUCGCCCUAUGACUGUGUGUAAUCUGUUGUGUUUUAGUAGAAAUUGUUUAGCGGGAACUAACCUAGCCACUGCUUAGGACUU